AUCCGCCUCUAGUUUUAAAAGAAAGGCACGGUACUAAUUACUAAAAUAUCUUGAAAAUAUUCCCCAAUAGAACGCAAGUAAGGAUUUAGGCACAACCAUUCAUCUUUUUGGAUAAGACGACUACUGCUCCUCAUUUACAAAAUAACACAAACUCCAUGAGAACUGACACGACCAAAAUUAGCUCAUAUGGAAACUCUCAUACGUCUUCAAAAUCCAUAUCUCUCAAUAGCAAAUUUAUUUCCAUCGAACCAAAAAAUCCCAACCCAUUUUCAUAAAAACAUAAACGUACGUACACCCAACCUCCUCCGAACCACAUGGAAAUUGCAUGCCGAAGCGAAAGGCUUCGGCAAUGGUAAACUCGAAACUUCAAAAAAAGUUGACACAAGGAACAACAACAACAAUGACGAUAGUGACGACAAAAUUCCGAAGGAAAUAUGGGAAAGAAUUAUAGGAAGGAUUCUAUUUUACGUAGGAGCUCCGUUGGUCUUCGGUGUGAUUUUGCUGCAGAUUUUCGAUAUAAUAAAGCAGCAGAAAUUGUUGGAUUUGCCAAUUUGGUUACCAUUUUUGACAACGUUUAUUACAUUUGGUGCUUCAGCACUUGGAGCAGCGUAUGGCACAUUGUCAGCAAGUUGGGAUCCAGAGAAAGACGGGUCGUUGCUUGGACUUGAAGAAGCUCAGAAGAAUUGGGUUGAUAUGUGGGCUGAUGAUGGUGCUGAUGAUGAAGAAGAAAAUAAGUGGAUCAAUUAAGAAAUGUAAACUAAUGAGUGUUUAUCCCGUUAUUGAAUAGGAGUAAUUUUAUUCAGCUUUUACUUUUCUUGAUUGCUUGUAGUUGAUGAUUGGAUAAGUGGUUGAUAGAAAAUUAAGGAUGGUUAUCAACUUA